AUGGAGAACCCUAUCUACUCUAAGAUUGAUAGGGUAAUAGGGAACUUAGCUUGGCACCAAAGUAAUGUUGCAACUGUCUUGAAUGUCAUGGAAAAUGAGGUUUCUAAACAUGCUUUACUUGUGGCUUUUGGAUUAAAAGAUGUUAAUACCAGGUGGAAUACUCCUAUAAGGGUUACUGGGAUAGAGGCUCUUUGGAGAAAGUUAAGAAGACUGUAA